AUGGCUCUCCGCGUAUCCUGUUCCCGCGCUGCAAAGCGUGCGACGUCCACCACACCCGCCACAUCCAUCAUCUCGUCGUACAGUGCACAAUGGAGGAGAGGCAACGCGACAGUCGCCCCUACGCAGAUGACGCCCGGAUCAAAGGGGCCGACUGCCAUGGUCUUCAUGAACAUGGGCGGACCGUCAACAACGGAUGAAGUGCAUGGCUUCCUGAGCAUGUUGUUUGCCGACAAGGACUUGAUUCCCCUCGGACCCCUCCAAAACUAUAUUGGCCCCUACAUUGCGCGGAGACGAACACCAAAAAUUCAGAAGCAGUAUGCAGAGAUCGGUGGCGGAUCGCCCAUCAGGAAAUGGUCGGAAUAUCAAGCCGCGGAGAUGUGCAAGAUCCUCGACAAGACCUCACCUGAGACUGCUCCCCACAAGCCCUACGUCGCGUUCCGCUACGCAAAUCCCCUCACCGAAGAUACCUACAAGCAAUUGCUAGCAGACGGCUUUGGAGGAGGAAAGGGCGGCCGUGCCGUAGCCUUCACACAGUACCCCCAAUACUCCUGCUCGACCACCGGCUCCUCUCUCAACGAGCUCUGGAAAUGGAGGACAAGACUGGAAGGCAAGCGUGCAAACGGAGAGACUGGUCAAGAGGUGGAGCCCGAAGGCGCCAUCAAGUGGAGUGUGAUUGACCGCUGGCCGGCGCACCCAGGUCUGGUUGAAGCCUUUGCCCAACACAUCGAGAAGAAGCUGGCCGAGUACCCAGUCGAGAGACGAGACGGCGUUGUCAUUCUCUUCUCCGCACACAGUCUCCCCAUGACCGUUGUCAACCGCGGCGACCCAUACCCGUCUGAAGUGGCAGCGACCGUAUACGCCGUUAUGCAACGCCUCCAGAUGAAGUACAGAUAUCGUCUCGUGUGGCAGUCACAGGUCGGCCCUCAACCUUGGCUCGGAGCACAAACCUCCGACACUGUCAAGGAGUACAUGAAGAAGGGCCACACAGACAUGCUCCUCGUACCCAUUGCCUUCACCAGCGACCAUAUCGAGACACUAUACGAACUCGACAAGGAAGUCAUUGGCGAGGAUGCAGAAGGCCACGAGGGUGUCAAACGUGUCGACAGCUUGAACGACAGUCCCGUCUUCAUCGAAGCGCUCGCGAACAUCGCCAAGGCACAUUUGCAGAGCGGGCAGGCUUGCAGCCCACAGAUGAUUCUCAGGUGUCCAAAGUGCACAAGCGAGAGGUGCUUGGCACAAAAGGAGUUCUUCGCUGGUCAGACACAACACAUUGACCCUCCCACAGCAUAG